AUGUCGCAAAAGAAAUUCGCUGGCCUGAGAGAUAACUUCAAUCUCUUGGGUGAGAAAAACAAAAUACUGGUGGCCAAUAGAGGAGAAAUUCCAAUUAGAAUAUUUCGUACCGCUCAUGAAUUAUCUAUGCAAACGGUAGCUAUAUACUCUCAUGAAGAUCGUCUUUCUACACACAAGCAAAAGGCGGACGAAGCAUACGUCAUUGGCGAAGCAGGUCAAUAUACCCCCGUCGGCGCUUAUUUGGCCAUCGACGAGAUCAUCUCCAUUGCGCAAAAACAUCAGGUAGAUUUUAUCCAUCCAGGUUAUGGAUUCUUGUCUGAAAAUUCCGAGUUCGCUGAUAAAGUAGCGAAAGCAGGCAUCACUUGGAUCGGGCCCCCCGCCGAAGUCAUUAACUCCGUGGGUGAUAAAGUUUCCGCUAGAAACUUGGCCGCAAGGGCCAAUGUCCCUACCGUCCCCGGUACCCCAGGCCCUAUUGAAAGUGUGCAGGAGGCACUUGAUUUUGUUGGGGAGUAUGGCUACCCGGUGAUUAUCAAGGCAGCCUUCGGUGGCGGUGGUAGAGGUAUGAGAGUCGUGAGAGAAGGAGAUGAUGUAGCUGAUGCGUUCCAGCGUGCCACGUCUGAGGCCCGUACGGCGUUCGGUAACGGUACCUGUUUUGUAGAGAGAUUCCUGGUCAAGCCAAAGCAUAUCGAAGUACAAUUGUUGGCCGAUAACCACGGAAACGUGGUUCAUCUUUUCGAAAGAGACUGUUCCGUACAAAGAAGACACCAAAAGGUUGUCGAAGUGGCUCCAGCAAAGACGUUACCCCGUGAAGUCCGUGACGCCAUCUUGACAGACGCUGUCAAAUUGGCGAAGGAAUGUGGCUACAGAAAUGCGGGUACCGCAGAAUUCUUGGUUGAUAACCAAAACAGACACUAUUUCAUUGAAAUCAACCCAAGAAUCCAGGUGGAGCACACCAUCACCGAAGAAAUAACAGGCAUAGACAUCGUAGCGGCCCAGAUCCAGAUUGCAGCAGGUGCCUCUCUGCCCCAAUUAGGUCUGUUUCAGGAUAAAAUCACUACCCGUGGUUUUGCCAUUCAAUGUCGUAUCACCACAGAAGACCCGGCUAAGAACUUUCAACCAGAUACGGGUAGGAUAGAAGUUUACCGGUCCGCUGGCGGUAAUGGUGUUAGACUGGACGGUGGUAACGCCUAUGCGGGAACAAUCAUCUCACCUCAUUACGAUUCCAUGCUGGUCAAAUGUUCCUGUUCCGGCUCCACUUACGAAAUCGUUCGUAGGAAAAUGAUCCGUGCCUUGAUUGAAUUCAGAAUCAGAGGUGUGAAAACGAACAUGCCCUUCCUUUUGACACUUUUGACACAUCCCGUUUUCAUUGACGGCACGUACUGGACAACCUUUAUCGAUGAUACUCCACAACUGUUCCAAAUGGUUUCUUCUCAAAACAGAGCUCAAAAACUAUUGCACUAUCUUGCUGACGUCGCAGUCAACGGUUCGUCUAUCAAGGGCCAAAUUGGCUCGCCAAAAUUAGGUUCAAACCCAAGUAUUCCUCAUUUACAUGAUUCCCAGGGCAAUGUUAUCAACGUUACAAAGACCACACCACCUUCCGGAUGGAGACAGGUGCUAUUAGAAAAGGGCCCAGCCGAAUUUGCCAAACAGGUAAGACAGUUCAACGGUACUUUAUUAAUGGAUACCACUUGGAGAGAUGCUCAUCAGUCUCUACUGGCAACGAGAGUAAGAACGCAUGAUUUGGCUACGAUUGCUCCCACCACUGCACACGCGCUUGCCGGUGCUUUCGCCCUAGAAUGUUGGGGUGGUGCCACAUUCGAUGUCGCUAUGAGAUUCUUGCACGAAGACCCAUGGGAACGUCUAAGAAAAUUGAGAGCCUUAGUGCCUAACAUUCCCUUCCAAAUGUUGUUGCGUGGUGCCAAUGGUGUGGCUUAUUCUUCUUUACCGGACAAUGCUAUUGACCAUUUCGUUAAGCAAGCGAAGGAUAAUGGUGUUGAUAUAUUCAGAGUCUUUGAUGCCUUGAAUGACUUGGACCAAUUGAAAGUUGGUGUAGAUGCUGUGAAGAAGGCCGGUGGUGUUGUUGAAGCCACCGUUUGUUUUUCAGGUGACAUGCUUCAACCAGGUAAAAAAUACAACUUGGAUUACUAUUUAGAAAUCGCUGAAAAAAUUGUUAAAAUGGGCACUCACAUCUUGGGUAUCAAGGAUAUGGCAGGCACCAUGAAACCAGCAGCCGCCAAACUACUAAUUGGGUCCCUAAGAGCCAAAUAUCCUGAUCUUCCAAUCCAUGUCCAUACCCAUGACUCGGCUGGUACUGCUGUUGCAUCCAUGGCUGCAUGCGCCCUUGCGGGUGCCGAUGUUGUUGAUGUAGCCAUCAACUCUAUGUCUGGUCUAACUUCUCAACCAUCUAUCAAUGCUUUGUUGGCUUCAUUAGAGGGUAACAUCGACACAGGUAUCAACGUUGAACAUGUUCGUGAAUUAGACGCCUACUGGGCGGAAAUGAGGUUGCUAUAUUCUUGUUUCGAAGCUGACCUAAAGGGUCCGGAUCCAGAAGUUUAUCAACAUGAAAUCCCAGGUGGUCAGUUGACUAACCUGUUAUUCCAAGCUCAACAAUUGGGUCUUGGCGAACAAUGGGCUGAAACUAAGAGGGCCUACCGAGAAGCUAACUACUUACUAGGUGAUAUUGUCAAAGUUACUCCAACCUCCAAGGUUGUUGGUGACUUAGCACAGUUUAUGGUUUCAAACAAAUUAACCCCAGAUGAUGUUAAACGUUUAGCAAAUUCUUUAGAUUUCCCUGACUCUGUUAUGGACUUCUUUGAGGGUUUGAUUGGUCAACCAUAUGGUGGGUUCCCUGAACCGUUUAGAUCUGAUGUACUAAGAAACAAGAGAAGAAAGUUGACCUGUCGUCCGGGCUUAGAGUUAGAGCCAUUCGAUCUUGAAAAAAUUAGAGAAGACUUGCAAAACAGAUUCGGUGAUAUCAAUGAAUGCGAUGUCGCUUCUUAUAACAUGUAUCCAAGAGUCUAUGAAGACUUCCAAAAGAUGAGAGAAACGUACGGUGACUUGUCCGUACUACCAACAAGAAGUUUCCUGUCUCCACUGGAGACUGAUGAGGAAAUCGAAGUUAUUAUCGAACAAGGUAAAACUUUGAUCAUCAAGUUACAAGCUGUUGGUGACUUGAACAAGAAGACCGGCGAAAGAGAAGUAUACUUUGACUUGAAUGGUGAAAUGAGAAAGAUUCGUGUUGUCGACAGAUCACUAAAAGUGGCAACUGUCACUAAAUCAAAGGCAGACAUGCAUGAUCCACUACACAUUGGUGCUCCAAUGGCAGGCGUCAUUGUGGAAGUUAAAGUCCAUAAGGGCUCUUUGAUAAAGAAGGGCCAACCAGUAGCCGUAUUGAGUGCCAUGAAAAUGGAAAUGAUCAUCUCUUCUCCAUCUGAUGGACAAGUUAAAGAAGUAUUUGUCUCUGAGGGUGAAAAUGUGGACUCUUCUGAUUUAUUGGUUUUGUUGGAAGAUCAAGUUCCAGCUGAAACUAAAGCAUGA